UCUAUCAACUGGUGAGUUUUCUGAAGCCCCUCAUCUUGUGUAUGAACUAUUGCAUGAAAUCAACAAGGCAAGUAGUAAAUUCCAUGCCUUCCUCCAAAAUAUUUCUAUGCUUUCCUUUUCUUUAUCUUGUAAUAAAUUCAUUUCGUAGGGAUUCCAGUUAUCUUCUAUGCUCUUCUAGAAUAUCUUAGCUUUUGAAAAUCAGCAUGCGGUUGGAUGAUUAGGAGGUUAUCCCGAGCCCACCAGGAAUAAUAUCAUAGAUUUGAAAACUUGUACUCCCUCCGAUCCUAAAUAUUUGUCUUUUUAGAGAUUUCAACAAAUGACUACAUACGAAGCAAAAUGAAUGAAUCUACACUCUAAAAUAUGUCUACAUACAUCUGUAUGUUGUAGUCAAUUUGAAAUGUUUAGAAAGACAAAUAUUUGAAAAACGGAGGGAGUAUGUCUCAUUAAGAUGGAAUAUUGUUUUAGCGGGAGUCGAUGUUCCCGUCGACAACAAGACGCAUGUGGUGACUUUUCGUCAAUGAAGCUCCAUGAUUCUGGUCUUCAGUAGACGCUGCAUGAGUGUGUGCUCCGUGUGUAUGCGUUAUGUUGUACUCUGUGUUUCUAAAAAAAUUGCUCCCCCUCAUUUUCUAUAAUGUUUUUUAGAAAUUACCUUGCACCAUAUAAUCGGACUCCUAACAUAGUUAACUCCCUAAACCUGACUUUCUAAGACAAUACAACACUAAUUUCAUUGGUACGUAAACCUGCUGACCUUGACCUGCCUGCCGGCCGGCCGGCCGCGACUGCAUUUCCGUUGCCUUGGUACAAUGUGCUGGCGUCUACAAGACUUCAGAAAUUAACAGGAAAAUUACUAUAUGCUCUAUUAGAGCGAUUCUCCGUUUUAAAGCGUUGCGCCCGUUCAAUCAUUGCAGGCGGUGGCUUCUUGGCUGCAACAACUGGUGAGUUAUCCCAAACACCUCGUCUUGUCCCAGAAUUAAUACAUGAAAUCAAGAAAGCAAGUAAACAUGUCUUAUCAUUUACUCCCUCCGUUCCAAAUUACUCGGCGCUGAAAUGGAUGUAUCUAGAGCUAAAAUACAUCUAGAUACAUCCAUACGUGCGACAAGUAAUUCAGAACAGAGGGAGUAUCUUUCUGAAGGCUGCUUUGUAGUGUCUCCAUGUCAUGGCCUUGUUUACUUGAAUCCGAGUUUGCAAGUGUUCUUCUUACACAUGUUCUGGUCAGGUGGCGUUGGCGCUGGAAUUAACAAGUUGCGGUUUUUGGCCCGGCAGAGUGAUGUCUUAGGAUACCAAGUUCCUCCUUUUGUUUCUCCUCUUGAACAUCUCAACCUUGUGUUUUAGUACUGAACAUGAUUGUCCGGUGCCUGAAGUCUGUGCAACAAUCAGUGAUUGAUCCCUCCGGCGUACUCAAAUCCUCUUGGAACUUUGAAAAUACCACCAAGGGUUACAUAUGCCGCUUUACUGGUGUAGACUGUUGGUACCCUGGCGAGAACAGGGUUCUCAGUUUACGUAUUGGCAACCUAGGACUUGAAGGCCCAUUUCCUCAAGGUCUACAGAAUUGUUCAAGUGUGACCGACCUGGACCUGUCAAAUAACAAUUUUUCAGGACCAAUCCCUCAGGACAUUUCACGGCAGAUGCCGUAUCUGACAUCUCUGGACCUUUCGUACAAUAGCUUUUCGGGUUCAAUCCCACAGAAUAUUUCAAAUAUGACAUAUCUGAAUGUCCUCAACCUUCAGCAUAACCAGCUCAGCGGUCAAAUUCCACCACAAUUCACUUUGCUUACUCGGUUAACUGCAAUCAAUGUCGCGGACAACUUGUUAUCAGGGCCUAUUCCUUCUUCACCAUAGAACUUUUCGGCUUCGAGCUUUGCUGGUAACCAAGGGCUUUGUGGUGCACCGUUGGAUGAUUGUCCCCCCCUCGAGGAGGAGAUGGAGACCGGUACGAAUCAGGCUGCACAGGCUCAACGACCAGUCGAGCAUCGGAGCGGCCGUCAGAUUCGUCGUGGGGUUCGUGGCGGCCUUCUACUUCCCGCACUGCUUCGUCUGCUCUGAGAGGUUCCGUGCCUAAGUCGUCCGCAUAUGAUUCUGAAACUUUGUCUGGCAUAGCUUCCGGAGGCCAAAUGAGCACUUCCGGCAGCAAAUCUUUUUUAGCUUUGUUCCCUGCAGUAACGAUUAUCUUAAUUCGCAUGAUAAUGCAUAUGUCAACUCUUCUAGAAAGAGGCAAGGCAUCAACUGGCCGUAAUUAUUUAGGUACCAUGUUGACAUUUCUAAAGGAACACAGUGAAACUCUACACUUCUGCAGUGCUUUUCUGCCCA